AUAUAUCAACCCUCGGUUACACUACCUUUGGUAUCUACGCGGUCGAUGUUAGUAUCGGCCUGGCCAGCCCCAGCAUCCCAGCAGUAGCAGGAAGAGGAAGAGGAAGAGGAAGAGGAGGGCGGGUUAUUCUCUCACAGGCGGCCGAAGAAAGUUCCAGCCGAGGCGGACAUGACCUCCCAGGCCGCUCGCUGCCAGGAUCUAUGCGGCGAUAAGGAGCGCUGAUCGCGGCGCGGGGGUCGAGCCUGAGGUCCCUGACCCGGCCAGCCGAAGAUGGGCCAGACCUCUUCCGUGUCUUCCGUGUCUGACCCAGCCGGCGUUGAUGGUUUGGAGAAAUCGUCAUCACUGGCCAGCUGCGACGUGGUGGUGGACGAUACCCACAAUGCACGGCAGCAGCGAGGCAAGCUGUCCACUCUAGGAAGACUGUUCAAACCCUGGAAGUGGAGGAAGAAGAAGUCCAGUGACAGGUUUCAGGAUCUUUCCAAAGUACUGGAGAGAAAAAUCUCAACAAGACAAACCAGAGAGGAGCUCAUCAAAAAAGGAGUGCUCAUCCCGGAACAAGACGAGGGCGUCAGCAGAGGAACCCAGAAUGGACACGCCACAUCCAGCGUGUCGCCUGAGCAGGUCAAAGUUGAGAUGGAAUCCACGGUGACAGGCCCCGCCCGGCAGGCUGCUGCACCUGUGAGCAAUGACGACAACACAGCCAAAUCCUCUCAUCCAAAGAAGAGCCAAGGGGGCGGGACAAAAGCCACCACCCCCUCUCCCGCGCCUCCCUCUGGACCACCGAAGGACCCUGCACCACCCAGCGAAGGCGGCGAGGCGCGGACCACUCAGAAAGCAGAGAACGGAGCAUCUUCUGUUUCUCCAGAGGCCUCCUCAGAGACUCCCAGUCAGCCCGAGGAAGUCAAAUCCUCUGACAGCUCGUCUAAAGUUUCCCAGGAGACUCCGCCUGCUCCUCAAGAGCCUCCAGAAGACCAACCUACCUGCGCUGAUGCUCCUGUGGGACAAGACACCACCCCCGAGACCCCCGCGCUCCAUUGUGCGCAUGUGAACACUGCCACGGAGGACACUUCCUUCACUGAGGCUGAGGGCGACCCCCCGGAGGAGGAAGAACCAGGGAGGAGCGCAGAAGAUGGGUGUGAUGCACAGGAAGACCAUGGAGAGUCUGCAGAGGAGUCCUGCUCAAGGCCUGCCGACUCGGACGCGGUGAAGCCACAGGGCGGCCUCAGCGUGAACACGGAGAACGCGGAGGUGACGGUCAUCCCUGAUAGGCCGACAGCAGAAUGCCAGACCAGCGACUCGGACUCUGACGGACCCAUCCUGUACCGUGAUGAAGAGGAAGAGGAAGAGGACGAGUACCUUAACAGUUCUCUGGCCAUCAAGAUCCGGCGACGAGACACCCUCAACAUCAAACUGGGCAACCGACCCAGCAAGACCGAGCUGGAGGAGAAGAACAUCUUACCUCGCAGCUCAGAGACGGAGAGACUGGAGCUCCGUCAGCAGAUCGGCUCCAAGCUUGUCAGGAGCUUGAGCCAAAGACCGAGCACAGAGGAACUGGAGCAGAGGAACAUCCUCAAACAGAAGAACGAAGCAGAGGAGCACCAGGCCAAGCAGGAGAUUAAAAGGAAACUCUCCAGAAAGCUGAGCGUGCGACCCACGGUGGCAGAGCUCAUUGCUCGAAGAAUCCUGCGCUUCAACGAGUACGUGGAGGUGACAGACGCCAAGAACUACGACCGGCGCGCAGACAAGCCCUGGACACGCCUCACACCUGCUGACAAGGCUGCCAUCCGCAAGGAACUCAACGAGUUCAAGAGCACAGAGAUGGCAGUACAUGAAGAUAGUAAACACUUCACCAGAUUCCACCGGCCUUAAUGUCAGCAUGGAGACCUCCACCAAGUCCACAGCACCACCUAACAAAGCCAGGUUUGUCUCUGGGUGUCCAACCUGUGGAAGUGUUGCACACCUUGUACCCGCUCACUGCUCACUGCUCACUAGCAGUCCUCUAUUUAUUGUUGGAGAACAUCUUUCUUCUCCCUGCUACAACCAAGCACUCUUCCAGGUGGCUCAAGAGUACUAAAGACAUUCUUGUGAGCUGCUGUCAAAGGAGGCAGUCAUUGUCCACAAGGGGGCGCCACAUCAUGUUGUAUUCGCAACAAGUCAUUGUCCACAAGGGGGCGCCACAUCAUGUUGUAUUAGCACCAAGUCAUUGUCCACAAGGGGGCGCUACAUCAUGUUGUAUUAGCACCAAGUCAUUGUCCACAAGGGGGCGCUACAUCAUGUUGUAUUAGCACCAAGUCAUUGUCCACAAGGGGGCGCUACAUCAUGGUGUAUUAGCACCAAGUCCUUGUCCACAAGGGGGUGCUACAUCAUGGUGUAUUAGCACCAAGUUCUUGUCCACAAGGGGGUGCUACAUCAUGGUGUAUUAGCACCAAGUCAUUGUCCACAAGGGGGCGCUACAUCAUGUUGUAUUAGCACCAAGUCAUUGUCCACAAGGGGGUGCUACAUCAUGUUGUAUUAGCACCAAGUCAUUGUCCACAAGGGGGCGCUACAUCAUGUUGUAUUAGCACCAAGUCAUUGUCCACAAGGGGGUGCUACAUCAUGCUGUAUUAGCACCAAGUCCUUGUCCACAAGGGGGUGCUACAUCAUGGUGUAUUAGCACCAAGUCCUUGUCCACAAGGGGGCGCUACAUCAUGUUGUAUUAGCACCAAGUCAACCCUGGAACUGACGGAAGGAUUUUAAACUUUUAAAUGUUGCAUUCAGUCCUUUUAGCUUGUGCCAAAAAGCAAACAUUAUUUAUAUUUCUUCUUUUUGCUCAUCUUUUAAAAGUGGCGUCUCCACAAACCCACUUGGGAUGCUUUUAUGGCAUUUAAGUCUAAAAUGUUGACGCCUUUAGCGCACACUAGCUAGCUAGGUUGUGCUAAAACAUUGUUAAGCUGAAUUGUGUCCUCACAAGGCUGCUCCUACCCUAAAUGCGGCUUUUUGUCUCAUUCCUCAAACUGAAACUAGAUAUUAAAGUGGCAAAUGUUAGCCUUUUGCUAGCUAAGUCUAGCUAAGUAAAAACAACCCUCAUUUCCAAGUCUGCACUUUGUAUUUAUUCAAAUGCUAAAUGCUUCUUGCUAAGAGUGAAGUGUGAUUGACAAGAUACAACAACAACAACGCCACAAAGUGAUUCUUCUAAAGAUCUUUUUCUUCAAUAUUUGUUUUGGGGGGAAACAGAAGUUAUUGAUGAGUCAUUCUGUCACUAGCAUCAUAGCUAGCUCGCUAAUGUGCUUGCCCUAACUGUUAAAAUGUCAAGUUAAAACUGCUUCCAUGCUAAAAUGCUGUGUUUAGUGUCAUUCCUAAAAGUAAAAGUAGAUGAUAUUAAAGUGGCAAAUGUUGACAUUUUGCUAACUAAGUGGAGCUAACUCAAAAGAACCCUCAUUUCCACAUUUUUCCAAGUCUGCACUUUGUAUUUACUAAGAUGCUAAAUGCUUUUUGCUAAGAGCGAAGUGUGAUUGACAAGAUACAACAAUAACGCAUCUUUUUCUUCAAUAUUAGUUUUGGGGGGAAAACAGGAGUUAUUAUAAAAUGUUGAUGAGUCAUUCCGUCACUAGCAUCAUAGCUAGCUCGCUAAUGUGCUUGCCCUAACUGUUAAAAAGUCAAGUUAAAACUGCUUCCAUGCUAAAAUGCUGUGUUUAGUGUCAUUCCUCAAACUUAAACGCAAGUAUUUCCAUGGCAUUAAAAGCAGCUAGUUAGUUAGCAUUCUGCUAGCCACAUCUGGCUCUCUUUCAAGUGCUCUAAUUUCAAACCUGCACUUUGUAUUUAUUCAAAUUCUGUGAGUUUUUAAUUUAACUGGGAAACUAUUUUUGUUUUUUCUGACAAAACUCCCAAAAUAGACUUUGAAGUAGAAAGUAGACGACUUAAGAGUUAGCGCUUCUGUUGUUUAGCCUCCAAAAUACUGAAGUGAAACAGCAAACGUAAUCAGAACCUUCAUUUUGGGGCCUACUUUAGUCCCUAAACGCCAUGUUGGGGACCACUUACAUCUGAUGAGCCGCUUAGCUACUUUAUCUGAACACAUUGAUGCUAGCUAGCCAUUCAGUCCUCAUGCUAAGCUAUCUUGCUCUCUGACAAUCAAAGUGUGGCGCUGAUUAGAUCUGUUUGCUACAAAGCAUAAAAGUGUUAAUUGAAUAUUGUUUUUUAGCCAAAUGAGGAGCUAUUAGCUUAACGAGGGGUAGUAUUCUGACUUUGUGUACUUCCUGCCUUCAGAGAGAUGUUGUAUAUGAACAUAAUGAUGAUAAUAAUUGCCUUCAAAGAGAUGUUGUCUAUGAACAUAAUGAUGAUAAUAAUCAAGUGUUUGGAUAGUCAAGCUCAGGCCUAAACCCUCAAACUCUUCCAGUCUCUUGUCAAAUGAAAGUAAUGUGUAUUGUGUGAAGGUAAACUUGUACAGUAUUUACUUCCUGACAUGUAUAUGAAGUCUUUUGUACAGAAUGUGUAUGGCUGCAUGUGCAUUUAUGCCACAAUACAAAAACCAUGACCUAAACCUUUUACACUCUUAUGCCUGCUGUCUUUAUUCCAUCGCUUUCUUCACGCUGCAUAUUCCAUCCAUUUGUUACAGCUUGUGGCGGGGCUGCUGGAGUCUAUCCCAGCUACAUUCGGGCGGAAGGCGGGGUCAUUUUUCAUGUAGAUGAAGUGAACACUAGUAAGGU